AUGGCUUACCAAGGUAAGAGAGUCUCAUUGGAAGGAUCACUUCUUUAUUCUCCAAGGACUUCAUAUAUAGCAGUCGUCGCGAUCGAUUUCGGAACAACUUACAGUGGGUUUGCUUUUUCAUUCAUCAAAGACCAAGGAAAGGAUGCCAUUUUCAUGAACAGAGACUGGGCGAAUGAACAAGGCCAACAAACGAGCAAAACACCAACGUGUCUGUUACUCAAACCAGAUCUUUCAUUUGACUCGUUUGGUUAUGAAGCAAUUGAGAAGUAUUCAAGCUUACAAGGCGACGGCGAAGAAAAGGAAUACUUGUUCUUUAAUCACUUUAAAAUGGCUCUUCAUACGGAAAAUACCCUGAAUACGGAGACCACCAUCAAAGCAGCCAAUGGCAAAUUUGUCAAAGCCAAGAGAGUUUUUGCGUGCUCGAUCAGUUUCCUCAAAGAUGAGGCCAUUAAAACAAUUCAAGGACAGACCGGAGAUGACUGUUUUAGUGUUGAUGAUAUUCAGUGGGUUCUGACUGUCCCGGCCAUAUGGGGCCAACGGGCGAAACAGUUCAUGAGGGAAGCAGCGUAUGAGGCAAAAGUUGGAUCAACAGCCAAAGCCGAUCAAUUGACGAUUGCAUUGGAACCAGAAGCUGCAGCAAUUUUUUGUCAGGAGAAGAAUUUGAAUGAGUUUCAGUCCGAAACUGGUGUCAAAUCAGUGAAAGGCCUUCUCGCUCAACCAGACAAACACUAUAUGGUUGUUGACAUUGGAGGGGGCACACUCGAUGUAACAGUGCACAUGAUAGAAGACGAUGGUACCAUAAAAGAGAUCCACAAGGUUACCGGAGGUCCUUAUGGUGGAAUAUACGUCAAUCAACGGUUCGAAAAUCUAUUGGAGGAGAUUUUGGGUAGACAAAGGCUUCAAAACUACCAGAAGCAGUUUCCAUCCGACUGGCUCUGUUUGAUGAACGAAUUUGAGGGGAAAAAAAGGGGAAAACGAAUCUUAGACAGUGGUUUGAUGACGAAUAUCCGACCACCAAGAAGCUUCGUGACCUUGGUAAAUGAAACCGGGAGUUCAGCGUUGAAACGCUAUGGGGAGACAGAAAUAAAGCUGAAAAAUAAUGAAUAUCUGUCGCUUAGUUCUGGGAUGAUGAAGACGUUAUUUUCUCCUGUCGUAGAAAAAAUCAAACAACAUUUGAAAACUCUGGUAAGAAAACCAGAGCUCUCAAAGGUACGUACCAUGCUGCUCGUUGGUGGAUUUGCUGAAGCUGCAUUCUUACAACAGGAAAUGAAGUUGGAGUUUUCAAAACGUGGUUUCAGAGUGCUCGUUCCACAUCACGCAACCACAGCAGUAGUCCAAGGUGCUGUAAUGUUUGGCAAGAGCCCUACGAAGAUAACCGAACGAGUUGUGGCUACGACAUAUGGUUCUGGCUGUGCACGAGACUUCAUCAAAGGUGUUCACCCUGAGGAAAAGAAGAUAAUUGUGCAUGGAGUGGAGAAAUGCAACAAUCUGUUCAAGUGUUUUAUAAAGGAAAAUGAACGUGUACAAUGUGGACAAAAAAUAAAACUGUCAUUUUCACCCCUUUAUCCGGAGGAAGACAAAAUUGAAUAUUCAUUUUAUAUCUCAAGUGAUCCCAAUGUCAAAUUUACAACCGAUCCUGAAGUAACCAAGAUUGGAAGAGUCGUCGUCCAGUCCCCUGAUACAUGGAAAGGUAAAGACAGAAAUAUUGAAGUCAGCCUUUGCUUCGGUGGAACCGAAAUAACCGCCACAGCCCUGGAUAUUUCCAGUGGUAAUCAAGCUCAAACCACGCUGGACUUUUUCUGUUAA